GUGAUGGUGAUGUUGACGUUUGACGUUUUUUGACAUUCAAUCAAUAAUUUUUCCAUGUUUUCCAUUGAGUUUUGAAAAAGUUAAAAAAAUGGCUGGUGCUCUGGCAAGGGUGGUUCAGGCCACGAAAACUCAUCUCGGAGUUGUCGGGCCUUUGGUAAGUAUCAACAACAAUGGUUCGGUACGUUUCCAACAAACCCAGAGCACUAAAACGAAGUUUGGUCCCUUGAGUGAUAGUGACAGGAUCUUCACGAACCUGUAUGGAAGACAUGAUUGGCGACUGAAGGGAGCGCUGAGCCGCGGGGACUGGUAUAAGACCAAGGAGAUAUUACUAAAGGGCACCGAUUGGCUUGUCAAUGAACUUAAAACAUCUGGUCUCCGAGGUCGUGGAGGCGCUGGAUUCCCCACCGGCAUGAAGUGGUCAUUCAUGAACAAGCCCUCAGGUGGCCGACCCAAGUACCUGGUGGUUAACGCAGAUGAAGGAGAGCCUGGCACAUGCAAGGACAGAGAGAUCAUGCGUCAUGACCCUCACAAGCUGGUGGAAGGCUGCUUAGUGGCCGGGAAGGCUAUAGGAGCCCAGGCUGCUUAUAUUUACAUCAGAGGAGAGUUUUAUAAUGAAGCCAGUAACUUACAAGUGGCUAUUGCUGAGGCCUACCAAGCUGGUUUGAUCGGCAAAAAUGCGUGUGGAUCGGGCUUUGACUUUGACGUGUUCGUGCACCGAGGAGCAGGCGCCUACAUCUGCGGGGAGGAGACAGCACUGAUUGAGUCCAUUGAGGGCAAGCAGGGCAAGCCGCGCCUCAAGCCUCCCUUCCCCGCUGAUGUGGGCCUGUUUGGGUGCCCCACCACUGUGAAUAAUGUCGAGACCAUUGCUGUGGCCCCGACAAUCUGCCGCCGUGGUGGCUCAUGGUUCGCAUCAUUCGGCCGGCCCCGUAAUAGCGGCACCAAGCUGUUCAAUAUCUCUGGUCAUGUGAACACUCCCUGCACCGUAGAGGAGGAGAUGAGCAUCCCCCUCAAGGAGCUGAUCGAGAGACACGCGGGCGGCGUCACCGGGGGCUGGGACAACCUGCUGGCCAUCAUCCCUGGGGGCUCCUCCACACCGCUCAUACCCAAGGACGUCUGCGAGACCGUGCUAAUGGACUUCGACGGGCUGGUGGCGGCGCAGACGUCGCUGGGUACGGCGGCCAUCAUAGUGAUGGACAAGUCCACGGACAUCGUGAAGGCGAUCGCGCGCCUCAUCAUGUUCUACAAGCACGAGUCGUGCGGACAGUGCACGCCGUGCCGCGAGGGCGUGUCGUGGAUGAACAAGAUCAUGUACAGAUUCGUCGAUGGCAAUGCAUCGCCUAAAGAAAUUGACAUGUUAUGGGAGCUUUCCAAACAAAUUGAAGGACACACGAUCUGCGCUUUGGGCGACGGCGCGGCGUGGCCGGUGCAAGGCCUCAUCAGGCACUUCCGGCCCGAGCUCGAGCGCCGCAUGCAGGAGUACGCGGCCGCGCACGGACCGAGCAAGGCCGAGCGACUAUACUAGACAACUUAGUUAUUAUAUUAUACAUACAGUACUACCACUUUUAUAAGAUACGCCGACGUACGGUCGGCCUCAGAAUUCGAGUAGCAAUUCCGCGAAACUAUUGCAUCAAAAACCUGUCGCACUUAUGAUCGUUGCUGUAAACACGCCACACACACCUCAUGCAUAUGCAUAACCGUGCCACGGAAAUAUGAUCAUUAAGGUGUUAAACAACUUGUGGCCUUUGACUGUUCCUGCGCCAAAAUUUUAUUGAAUUCAAAUCAAAAAAAUAUUAUUAUUGACUGGCGCGAAAAUAUCUCAGCCAAUCAUAGCGUGCGUCCGUCCGCUAUUGGUUGUUGUUUACGCGCGAAUUAUUUAUGAGCGAGAUAGCACGACUCUCCUUUGUUCUUGUGCUUAAAACCUUAACGUCAAGCAGUAAAGUCCUGUGUACAUUCGGUUUUAGGCGGCGUUAGGUUGCGUUUUUCUGCCGAAUUAUGCCUAUAAAAGUGGUUGUACUGUACCAUAGUUUCAUUUUGUAAAAUAUCUAACAACCUACUCCAAUAAAAACAUAAUAAGCAAUAAUGUCUUUUCUCGUAAAAGUUUACCUAAAAAAGCCUAAUGAUAAUAAUUUUGAUGAAACCUUUGGAUCCAAAAGAAAAGACGUGUAUCGUCGUGUACGUCACCUUAGGGUCUUAAAGAUGUAACGAAGUGAAGGAGUGGUUUUUAAAUUAAAAAAAAAAAAUUGUAUAAGUAAGGGUCAGCAAAAGUGAGUUUAAAAAAGUAUUGCGGUUGUCUGCUCCUCCUAGUAAUAGUUGCGUUUUGCUGUCAUACUAAACCCAGAUACAUAUAAAUGCUAAGAUUCUCACUAGUUUGUUUAAUAUAACGUGUACUAGCAACAAUUUGUUAAGAUAAAUAUAUUUCACUUUUUAUCCGACUGCGGCAAAGCCAAAAGGAAGGGUUAUGGUUUUAGCAGUCUAUGUAUUUUAUGAAAAGGCUUGAUUUUGCCGACAAAGCAAGAUUGUAAAACUGAUAGUGUCAACAAUGUUAGGUAAAACAAAAAUUAUGAGCGCCAUGUUUUUAAUAAGACUCCGUUUGAAAAUCAAUACCUACCUUACCUACAUAUUAAAGUUAUUACUAUUUAUUUUGUAAAUUAAAUUGUAACUUAUUAGCAACUUUGAAAGUUGAAUUUGCCGUAAAUUGGUUGUCGUCAUUUCGUAUCGUACUCAGCAGAAUCUGACUGAUGUUUUGUACAUUAUUUUUGUUCGAUUAAGUUAAUCAAUAGUAGUGUAAAUAUUUAAAUAAAUAAACCCUCCAAAUUCA